GCAAGUGGAGCAGAUGUCGCGCUGUUUUUCACUGCCGGCCUUGCCUUCUCCAGCUCUUUGAGCAUCUGGGCCUGGUCCUUGACUCAAACCAGCGUGGCAAAUUCCACUCUGCUCCACAACAUGAUGCCGAUCUUUACCACCCUUGGCGCCUGGUUGUUCUUCCGGCAAACCUGCAGCCGAAAGUUUUUGCUGGGGAUGGCGGUUGCCAUGGCAGGCGCGACAGUCAUCGGCAUGGAGGACUUCCAGGUGAACCGUGGCCACCUUGGUGAUGUGGCCGCGCUGCUGGCAGCGCUCCUUUCAUCUGUGAACAUCCUCGUCGUAAAGCAGCUCCGCCAUCAUUUCGAGGCGCCCACGAUCAUGAUGUGCACCUGCGGAAUUGGCAGCACCUUCUUGUUCAUCCUCCUACAGGUUCUCGAAGAGCAGGUCUUUCCCAGAACUUCAGUAGCCUGGUGCGCUGUCCUUUGCUUGGCGCUUUUUCGGCAAGCGCUGGGCCAAGGCCUUCUGGCCUACAGCCUCAAGCAGUUUUCUGCCAGCCUGGUAGCAGUCUCUAUGCUAACUGUCCCUGUCAUUGCUGCGAUUCUCGCUCGAUUUCUCUUUGCCGAGCAGCUGACGCUACUGAACUGGGCGGCAUUUGGCGUCGUGCUGCUGGGUAUCUACCUCGCAGUCUCAGAUUCCUGA